UUGAGCUUUCCAACUUGGGAGCGUAGAGCAACGCAUGGUAUCCCAAAGGCCUUGAAUGUCCUAUGCCGGUGUCAAUCGUGUGAUACCUUUCGCUUUUAGAAUCGCCGAAUCAUAAGUUACAAAGUAUUGAAAAUGAAUGUUGUGACCCUUGUAAGAAGACUUCCCAAGUUUUCGUUCCAGUACCCUUUAGUAACACUACGGGAUUUCAGAUGCGAUCAUCUAAACGGAAAGCACGCUCAACCAGUUGUUUCUCGUGUAUUGCAAAGGAGCCGCUUGUCAACGUCGACGCCUCGGGAACAGAACAACGGCGAAAAAAACAAAACCCUCGUCUACUUGGGCUCCAUUCGCUCCACAGUGAAAAUGGUGAAAGGCUUGUCAUUGACCACCAGCUUUCUUGGCAUUCUGGCGCAGCCCAUUUUACUUCAGAAGCUAAGUGGAUCAUCAUUGGGCGCAACCGCGAUUGUAGUGUCAUGUGCAUCAUUCUUUAUCUUCGUCACUCCGCUGAUGCUGCACUACAUCACCAGAAGAUAUGUGACUGAACUCACGUACGACCCGGACACGAAGGAGUUCAACGCAACAACACUGAGCCUGCUGAACCGCAAGAAACACAUUAGCUUUAUUGCUGAUGACGUCAAAGUGCCUGCUAUCCCUGGCCCAUUUACAACCCUUCUGGCUAAAGGUCGCCCAUUGUUUGUGGAGGUGCAAAACAUCCAGGACGCUGAUGCUCUGGAAUGCCUGAUGGGAUAUGACAAGCCCAUUGACUUACAAAUGAAGCAGCCAGACAUACAGGAGCAGCAGACGCAAAUGAAAAGGAAACAGCCAGCACAGUGCAGUGAUAAGGAAUCUUGACGUGCUAGCAGGAUAUCUUCUUCUGCAUCAUUAGGAGACUAACAUAUCCUGUGAAGCUCCUUGUUACCUGUUCACAAAGGAAGAAGUGCUCUUCUACAUGCUUCAUGCAACUUCCCAAGCACAAGCAGGUUUUCUUACAGCUAAAGCAAUGUAGCAGACUGUGCUCCAUUCCUCUGCCCCAUUUGCACUUGUUUUAUUUGUUGUGCAAGGUUUUUUGGAUCUCGUUAUGCAACAUGAUUUGCCAUAUCAUUGGCAGUCAUCUGGCUUGGAUAUAUCAUUGAAGUGUACCUUACAAGGCUUGGCAGGUGUGUCAGCAUUAUUUCAAUAGAAAUAUGUUACGUACAAGCUUAUAAAUAUGUACAGAAGGGUUUUUUUUUUUCCUUAGGCUGUGCAAUGUUACGUUGUGUCAAAGCUGUUGAGCAUGCAGUGGAUUCAAUAUAUAGAAUGUCCUGUAUUGUG